CUUCAUUUCUCACCAUCUUUGAUACAUUAUUUUAUAAGAUUAAGCAGAGAGCUCGCGCAGAAAGACAUGGAGUACAGUCUGUACCGGUGGUCGCCUUCUGAUGCCGAGAUACGCCGGGCUCGCAAGGAGAUUGCAGACCAUGAGGCAUGCGUUGGGCUUCUGCAGGCUCAGAUUGAUGGACUUGUCCAGCAAGCUCGUCGCAUUGAAGAACAGAAACGGAGGCACUUCCAGGCUAUAACGAAAUGCCGUUCCGUCCUCACGAUUGCCAACCGCUUGCCAACAGAACUCCUCGCUCGUAUCUUCAACUUCGCCGUUGCAGACGGCUGGACCCGGUGUCCGAUUGUCGUAUCUCAAGUCUGCUCCUCCUGGAGGGAAGCUUCCAAGACACCCUCCGUUUGGUCCCACCUUUACAUUGAUUGCGACAAGGGUGACCCCGUGGCACGCUGCAAUUUAUGGUUGCAUAUGGCUCAGCAAUCAUUGUUGGACAUCACAUUCAUGACCUCGGAGCAGCUUUCAGCGAUGGAUGCUGUCUUAAACGUGAUAACCAGCCAUUCCUUACGCUGGAGGUCCUUCGCCCUGGAGGCAUCAACCGUACAAACAGCCACGUACGUGCUCAGCUGCAUUGACACACCCGGCCGCCAUCUUAAGGAAGUAUCUGUCAAAGUUGGAGAUUCGUCACUUGCACUACCUUUGCCCGAGUUUGGUCAAGGGCAGAACCAGCUCUCAGAGCUCAGAAUGGCCUUUGAUGGUGCUCUGAGCCUCCGGAAAGUCACGCUUACUACGGAUAUCUGUCAGUCCUGGGUCGGCAUGUCGAGAAUCACAAGCCUGACUCUCCAGCUUAAUGAUUGCCAAUUUGCUGCUGCCAGGCCCAUCCUUGCCUCGGAGAUUAUUAGAGUUCUGUCUGAGUCACCAAACCUCACGGAACUCAACAUCAACAUCUCCCGCAAGGAUAAACGUGAUUUUCAGCUGGAACACGAUGAUCCCAUUGUGCUUCAAGAACUGCGUUCGCUCACCUUGAGCCUCCCUAUCCCCUUCAUGGCAUUUAUUCAACACCUCCGUACGCCAAUGCUUGAGCAUCUUGUCAUGCGAUGCCCGGAUGAUCCUUACGGGUUCUCACCAGAGACGACACGCGAGGCUAUGCGUCUCUACCUCGAGCAGUCCAGUCCACCACUUAAUGUUUUGGAGCUCUAUGACGUGGACAUCUCACAAGAAGACUUCCUGUUUUGUUUUGACCUGCUCCCAAGUCUGGAGCAAGUUCGGUUGCAUGGGUCGGAAAUCUCAAACGAAACGCUGGCUCACCUUGGACCUUCCUACGGAAUGUUACCCAAGCUAUCAAAGAUAGACCUUCGCUGGUGCGGCCAUGUAAGUGGUGUAGCGCUGGAGGAGAUUGCCCGCUCGCGCGCAUUGGCUAUCGCGAAUGGGUCCGAACUGUCGCCCAUCUCUGAAGUGACCGUAAUUAAUUGUUCAGUUGUCAACGAGAAACAGAUUGUCAGAAUGGCGGACUACUGCAUAUGUCGUCUCAGGAUGCGCGAGGAGGAUGAUUUCUGUCUGCAUAGAGGAUGUUGCGACAAUGCCCGAUACAGGUCACGAUUUCGAUCACGCGUGAAGAUGUCAGACGAGCAGGCAGCCCGAAUCAUUGUCUGACGUUCUGACCCAAUUGAAACCCCUUCUCAAUGGAGACACGUUUUUGCGUCCAGUGGUGUUUAGACUUUAGAAUAUAUAGAAACUGUUAUUGAA